UGUUUAGUCUCGUAAUAAUGCCUCAAACUCCUUGCAGAUGGCGUCUACCAGCUGGUGGCCAAUCGGCGCGGUGGCCAGAAUCUGAUCUACAAGGGUCACAUGUACUCGGUGGAGCGCAAGUACCAUGCCAGCAUCAAUUGGCAGAACAGGCACAGGAGUUCGUUGAGUAUGUGCGUUCGAAGCGCGGCACUGGCCUGGUCUACUAUGAGGGCAACACCUACACGCCCAACGAGAAGCUGCGCGAGGGCCAGCUGAGCCGCGAUUGGAAGUGCUCAAUGUACCACAAGGCCAAGUGUAGGGCACGUCUCGUCACGCGUAACACUCGCAGUGGCGAAGUCAUACACGUGACCAGCAGAUUUCAUACACAUCCCUCGAUGUACGAUCAACAGCAGAAGUCAGAAGCCAGAGACAGGGAAGCCCGCAAGCUCAAGAAGUAGCCACCUAAAUGUCUCGUUCUAGUGUAGAUGGAGCAACAAGAGACGCAAAAUAAAUCCCUAUAAUUGUA